UCCUCUUCAUUACGCGCUCGUUUGGAUCCCCGAAACCACUCCUUUUAUUCGCGCUCCUUGCCCUCCCCACCUCUCCAAACGCACAAACGUCUAACCUUCCUCUCUGUCCCACCGCCUUCGAUGGGUUUCUUCCCCGUCGUCGACUCAGCUUUCUACCUCCUCUUCGUCUCAAACGCUACGGCGCUACCGUCGAUCACCGUUGUUGUCAUCUUAACCCUCGCUGUCAUCUGCCUCUACCCGGGCGGGCUCUCGUGGGCGCUCUCCAGGGGUGGCCGCGCCAUCCCCGGUCCGCCUGGCAUGGUACUCGGCCUAUCUGGCUCCGCCGCCCACCGGGUCCUCGCCAGGCUUGCUGCGUCUCUCAAAGCCGCUGACUUGAUGGCCUUCUCCUUCGGCCUCACCUGCUUCGUCGUGUCUAGUCGCCCCGACACCGCCCGGGAGAUCCUUAACAGCUCGGCCUUCGCCGAUCGACCCGUUAAGGAAUCUGCCUACGAGCUGCUCUUCCACCGGGCAAUGGGCUUCGCGCCUUUUGGCGACUACUGGCGCACCCUCAGGAGGAUCUCCGCCACCUAUUUGUUCAGUCCCGCAAGAAUCGCCGCUUUUGGUGAGCACCGUAGGGCCAUAGGACAGCAAAUGAUCCAUGACGUAAUGGCGAGCAUGGAGACGAAUGGGGUGGUGGCGAUGAAGAAAGUUUUGCACUUUGGGUCCCUGAACAACGUGAUGAUGAGCGUUUUUGGCAAAAGAUUCGAUUUUGGGAAACACGAGGGUGUGGAGUUGGACGAGCUGGUCACAGAAGGGUACGAGCUACUUGGUAAGUUCAACUGGAGCGACCACUUCCCAAUGUUGAGGUGGAUGGAUCCUCAAGGUAUCAGGAAGAGGUGCAGGAGACUGGUGGCAAAGGUCAAUGUGUUUGUGGGCAGCAUCAUAGAAGACCACAGACGAAGACGAGUUGCUGCAGAAGCGGUCAAUGGGGUUGGUGACUUUGUUGAUGUGUUGUUAGAUUUGGAGAAGGAAGACAGGCUUUCUGAUUCUGAUAUGGUUGCUGUUCUGUGGGUGAGCUUGCUUUCACUUCUUAUCAUUAAUUUCCCCAAAACUAUUGUCACGCUUCAUUCUUCUCUAUUCCCAAAUUGUUGCUUCCUUGGGGUUGCACCCAGAAUUCGUCAGUGCCUAGAAUAA